AUGAGUUGUCUCGUCCGUCAGUCCCUGCGCGCGCUCAAGACCGUGAACGCCUCUGCCGCUGUGCGUCCGGCCGUCGCCCACUUCUCUUCGGAUGGCACAGUACACGGAGUGCCGGUGCAGAACACGCCGACGGAGGACCCGCAGGUGGUGAUCCCCGAGGUGCACCAGACGCUCGAGUGGUGCCUCUCGUCGCCCCCUCCUCUCCACCAGUUUGACGAAGCGCCUCUGGUCAUUGAGACAUUUGGUGACGUGGACCCGUACCACCACUAG